AUGGACUCUGCAGAGGGAUACUUGUGCGAUACAUGUAUCUCAGCUUUGAGAGGCAAAAACAAGAGCACAGUUCAUUCCUCAUAUGGCAGCCAUCCUCUUAGCGACUACCACCACCAGAGAUAUGAUGACUUUGUUGUCAGUAAGGACAGUAAUUGCUUUAUUUGUAUGUGGUUGUGGAAUAAAUUGCCGACUCCACCCGACAGCAGCCCUUUAAAGACCGUCGACUUUCAGAUCUAUUGCACUGUUGACCGGCCCAAUCUCAAAUUUCUUGCCAUAUGCCCCUGGGCUGGAAAUAUUGUUCUCAGAGUCUCUAUGUGCGCGAAUGAAGAUCUCGGAUACCGGGGAUGGGGGGGUUACUUGCCUUCGCCGAUCUGGACUUUUCUUGAUGCUCAGCCCUGGACCAAUUUUGAUGACCAUAUGGGAUCAAGCAGACCCCUUCAUCAGAUUGAAGCCUGGCUUUCGACAUGUGAAGCGGGGCAUAAAUGUUGUAUUUCGCAGGGCUCGAGUCAAGGCAAAUAUUUCCCUACGAGAGUUAUUGAUGUAAACAUGGUCAAAGACGGAAUUGUGUCUCUAUGUGAGAGAUCUGAAGUAAGAACCAGAUUCUUGAACGAGGUGCACAAAGAUGGAGACCUAGAGAGAGAGUAUCCUCCCUACUGGACACUCUCACAUCGUUGGGGUAAUCCGGAGUUGCUUGUGCAACUCUCAGAGAGCACGGAGGAUCGACUUCGGUCUGGCAUAGAAGUCAGUGACUUGUCGCUAACCUUUCGUGACGCUGCUCUGUUCGUUCAUCGUAUGGGCUUCAGAUACAUAUGGAUCGACUCUUUGUGCAUUGUGCAGGACUCUCUGCGCGAGUGGCAGGAAGAAGCCAAGGCGAUGGUAGAUGUAUAUCGCCAUUCAUUUUGCAACAUUUCCGCCACCGGAGCAUCUCGAAAUCCCAAUGAUAUCGGUCUUUUCUCCAAAAGAAGACUUCCCUCGAGGCUGCUGUUCCCUUUCAAGGUACACAGGCAACUACUGGGCGACGGUGAAAGCCUCGGUGUCGGGCCAUGGGUGUUCUUCAACGAUUCAAUUUGGCUGGACGAUAUAGUAAGUGCGCCUCUGAACAAACGUGGUUGGGUUGUGCAAAAACGGUUCCUUGCUCCUCGGGUUCUCCAUUUUGCGGAGAACCAGAUGUAUUGGGAAUGCCUUGAGGCUAUGGCCAGUGAAACAGACCCAACUGGGGAACUCAAGAUCCUCGCUAAGGAUUGGCAUUGGCGUCCGCCUAUCAAAACAGUAUACAAAGCGGCGGGACUGGAGAUUGCAAGGAGCGUGUCGAAAGCACUCUCCUGGCAGCAUGGUAGUACAAGGGAAGAAGAAACAACUUACCUCCGUCUCUGGGGUGAUCUCGUGUCGAUCUACGCAAACUGCGCUUUGACAAACGAGUCAGAUAGAUUAAUCGCCAUGUCCGGUAUCGCCAAGACUUUUCAAGAUGCUACUAAAGACACUUACCUAGCUGGACUAUGGAAGAAGUUCAUCCACUCUGAUCUAACCUGGAAGACUGAUGCUGGCGAUGGGGCCGAGGUACUUCGCAGUGAUUCGUAUGCUCCAACAUGGAGUUGGGCUUCCGUUGUUGGGGGACACACGUCACUCAGUAUGGUCUAUCAAAAGUAUGGACGCGCACCAAUCUCUCUCAUAACCCUUGUCGCUGAGCGAAUUGUAUCAGAGCCGCCAGGGGGCGAUCCUACAGGCCUACUACAUUCAGCAGAGCUCGAUAUCGAGUGCAUGUUGUAUUACUACCGCUGGACGUCCGAGUCUACCACGCUCGCGGUUUUCAAAGACGAGGGUAAACUCGAAUUAUAUUUCGAAAAGAAAUUUAGCUCAUACGAUCUGCAUCUUGAUACCACGGACAUGGUGCGAAAGUUCAAAGAGAUGGCGGAGGUGGAAGGGAUCUGUGUGCCGCUAUGUGGAAGCUAUGUAGGCUAUGGAGGGGGUACAAAUGUGUUCAUCAUGCUAGAGCAUGUCUCCGGAGUUGACUUCAGACGCAUUGGGACCUUUGAACACGGUCAAAUAGGUAAAUGGAUUGGUGAGUGGUCUGGGUCUGGUACACGUAUUACUCUCGUAUAA